GCAGCCUGUGCCUCGCCGCCGAGCCGUGCUACUACGGCGAGCCCCCUCAUCUGCCGGCGCUGCGCGACGCCAGCCGCCGGCGAUCUGCUCCGCACUGAAGAGAAAAAUCAACGGAAACAGAGAAGCAUUGUUUCAAAAUUGCCUUUGUGAUUUUCAUCAUUGGACAUGUGCUUGCUCCGACCGCCAAACAUGACUACAUAUCAGUAGAUUUUUGGGCUGCACUGAAUGAUGUCAACAAGAUCAAAGAUUGGAACUGGGGGGCAUAUGUGCUGAAGAAUUUGUUACAAGCAGUUAGGAAGUUCAAAACCGAUGUUUCAAAGAGGAACCCAACCAUACAUAUAGUUGGAUGCCAUCUGUUUCUGCAGGUGUUUGUUCUCGACAACUUAGAGCUCGGUCUACUAAACAAGCAACACGGAGUAACACCAAGGAUAGGCUUGUAUGAUUAUGAGUCAAUGAAAAAGAUGGUCGAGCAAAUCACAGUAAACAUCCCAAGUGGUGAAGUCACUUUCAGCGGUGGCAAGGUCAGGGAUGAUACGCCUGCAGGGGGUAUUGAGUCACAUGUAAAUGUUGCAGGCACAGGAAAGAUUGCCAAACCAGCUUUCACCCCGAAAAGAGCAAGUACUCCAUGCUCGCCAAUGUUGCGAUCUACUUACACGAAGAAUGGCCCGCAAGAGUUUUCAAACUAUAUACGAUCGCGGUACCCCACCAUAUCAGCACAGAAACUUGGCAUUCUCCUCCGGGAACAAAAUGCACGCGGCCUGGCAAACAUAUCGGAAAUGCGGCAAGCGUUCCAAUCAAACAUGUUCACAUUCACUGACAAGCUAAUGGCGUGCCUCGGAGAAAUGUGUACAUGUUGUAAAGCACACGGACGGAAAAUGUGUGUCCUCAAGAGCGAAGACAAAACCAUACACGAACCGCCCCCAACUCCAUCAACUGAACAGCUAAGCACUCCACUAGUCACCAAGAUUGGACCACGCCUUCCUGCACCAGGAAUGCCAGAAGGUCAAGUGUCUGCUACUAGUUCUGUUUCUAGGAAAAGGGAUGGAAGCCUAUCAUCAAGUAUGCAGUCCGGUCCAUCUAAGAGACUUUGUUUACCAGCCUCCAUUGGAGAAGAUGACCUUUGCCAAAAACAGAGACCAAUAGCCCAAGAUUCUAUAGUUAUGGACAUCGCUAGCAGCAUCCUGUCAAUGUAUGAUGAUCUAACAGCCGUCCUUGUCACUUAUUAUGCCGAGAUCCGUCCAGCACCCACGACGAUCUUGUUUGGUGCAACAACAGAUGGAGCACCUGUGAAGAUUGACCUGGCACAGUGCAACUUUGGGAGGGACCCAUGGGUUGCUGGUUCGGUACCCCCGCCCCCUCCAGAAAAUGCGCUUAGGGCUAUACGAGACUGGAUGUCAGCAGCAUCCAUGACCAAUUUGCAGAGGAAUUGGAUUUUACACCUUAAACCAAGGCUCAUAUCAAUCGAAGGGAUUGAAAUCCAGCAACAACUUGCACAUGGAGACCCAAUGUCACACGAGAUAUGUACUGCUAUCUUUCGGAGGCUUGCCCAACUGGACCAGUCUUGCUCUAAGGACACUCCUGGCAACAUCUGGAGAAAGUACAUAGAGCCUGACUUUGCUACAACUGUUUUGUCGAACGCCGAUCCAUUGACUGUUCAAUCUAUUCGCACUGGGUUUCAGGAAGGAACAGGUCUUUGCAACCCAGCUUCAUGCCGAAUGUGGUUCAUCCCAGCAAUUCUUCCAGAUGGAUGGGCUGUAUAUUUGUUUGAUAUGAUGCGGAAACGGAUCAUUGUGUUAGACCCAGCAGUUGGCCCAUUUGUGUAUAGCAAUAGGCGGGUCAGCAUGCACGAGUUUUUUCUUCAGUUCUUGGUACUGUGA